AUGGCGAAGAGAGCACUUGUUACGUGUCUUCUCAUCGCCGGAAUAGCUACGGCUGUUUCUGGGUGCGGCAUGAGCCUUCACAACGAAGUUACUGUGCGCGCACUAUCAGACUUUAGUCCAGUAAUUGCAGAAUAUGAAAAAUACGCCGACUUUAUACGGGAGUACCCGACAUUCGUCCAGACUGGUUCAUUCUUUCCUGACUGGGGAUACGAUUGUCUGGAAAAUCCUGAACAGUCAGAAGCAGCACACUGGCCGGAAUUUUUACGUGCGGCCGUCAAUUACAUACGAGAAAGGUAUCCUCGACCAUGGGCCGAUGAACAGACACCGCAGUCGAUAAUUGCAUUCCUCUUUGCAAUCACCUCUCAUGAUGUAGCUGACGUCUCAUGGCAUAGUAUUAGGAUGCGCAACGGAUUUAUGAGAAUUAUGGCUGAUAUUAACUUCGGAGGCGACUACAACAAGGCGCACCAAGUAGCCGAUAAUGGAGGAGAAUUUACGCUUUCACAUAUGACCAAGUUGGACUAUUUAUUGGAUGUAUGGGAGGCGCCAUUGUCAGAUAUCAAAGAGAUAUACAAUAAGAUUGGUUUACAAGCGCGUCCAGAGGAGAUGAGUUAUUGCAUUCAAAAAGCAUUUACGGCCCAACAGGCUAACAAAAGACUCGGCAAGCACUUCUUCGCUGUGUAUGGCCAACAGUCUCCGUUUUUAAUCGAACAAUUCACAUCAUACUACCGUGGCGGGCUCAACGAAAUGGCCGCAAAUACACACGAAUGCUGGUACGCUCUUGCUAAAUGGCUCGAGGAAGGAGCCCAUGAGUUCUUUCCGUGCAGGAUUUUUGCACAGUAUUCGACUAUUGAUCAAGUUGAGCAACGUGGAGUAAGGGAAAAAGCCAGAGCCGACGAGAAUGAACAGGCUAACAUGGACACCGAGGAUGACGACUAUAUCAACUUUGGAAAGAUAAUGAGAACACACGCUACGGAAAUGUUGGACGUAAUCGGGUUGCAAGUGAAGAGUAGCAUGGACGAGAGAGGAGUCGCAAGAUUUUACUUGGAGGACAGGAGAAAUAGGACCACGGAAGAGAUCACGGAAGACGAGCUUGAAAAAAUAAACACUAUCAUAAGACGGGCCAUCGCUGGAAACAAAUCGCAUUCUAAUCGUAGGGAUCAACGGCCAUUAUCCAUUUCGGUUCAAACCUCGCCUUUUGAAACUCCCGUAUCCGUUUCUCCCACAUCCCCAUCAAAUACAACUGGACUGCCUGUCAUCUGCCAUCCGGUAGCGGAAGCUCGGAAGGCGGCCACAACAUUGGAUAUACCGCAACCAUAUGCUGGUUUAGGACAUGCGAUGUGUGUUGGAGAUUUUAACAAUGAUGGGUUUAAGGAUUUGGUCUUAACUGCUCCGUAUUACACACCGCCAUCCUCAACUGCUCUACACGUUGGUAGUGUUUUCAUUCUAGACGGCGGGACCUCUCCAUUGCGUCACUCCAAUGUCCAUGCAACAGCCGACGUCGCCGCAUUAGCCAACCGCACACUUACCAAUCCCGAGCAAUCCGCACAGGCACGGUUCGGUUGGUCAUGUGCGGUAGUAGAUUUGAACGGUGACGGAGUGGAUGAUUUGGUCAUAUCAGCUCCAGGAGCCGGUAAUGCGACAAACUGGUCAGAAGAACCAGGACAGACAGGCUAUCAUCCGCCUCCCGCAGAUAUCUAUUCCGGUCGCGUAUACGUUUAUUUCGGCCAUGUCGAGUCUGGCCUCUCUACCACUCCCGAUAUCACGAUUCAACCUGGAGAUGCGCGUUUUUCAUUGAGAAUUAAAAUUGAGCAACUCGGACAAGCCUUGGCUGCUGGUGAUAUUGACGGCGAUGGAAAAAAGGAUUUGAUCAUUGGGUGUCCAUUUUGCACUCUUUAUAUUCGUGGCGUGACCGAACAGGUCGGUGUAUUAUUCUUUGUUCUCUCAUCGCGCAAUCAUAGUGGCAUUCUUCCGCUGUUUGAAGCAGACCAUGUUCUGUUAUCUCCACUAAAACGAAAACGAGAGUUAUUCGGUUCGGCAAUUGAGAUUGUGAACCAUGCCGAUUCCGCAAAGGUUACUUUAAUUGUGAGUGCACGGGGAUAUGGAAAACGUGGGAUACCGUUGGCAGGGAGGCUGUAUGGAUAUGAAAUAACCACAAGAGAAAAACAAGGCGAGAAAAUGCCAAUGCCCGAAAUAGUUAUAAGGAAGACUUUUGAUCUAAGUGGGACUGAAAAGUUCCAAGGCUUAGGAAGUACAAUUUUGUCAGGAGAUUUUCGUGGUGAUGGAAAAGUGUUAUUAGCAGUGUCAUCCGAAUCUGAGUUUUGGCAAGCCGGAGCAUUACGCAUUAUCGAUUUCACCACUCUGCGCAAUGGUUCGUUGAUAUCUGACUUGCGACUUGGGGAGGGAAUGUACGCGUUACUUUACGGAUCAGAAAGCGCAUCGCACUUUGGAAGUGCAGUGCAUGCGAACGGAAAGGGAUCAAUUUGGGUAUCGGAGCCUUUUGCGCUUUGGGAUCUACAUACAGACUUUGUGCUAAAAAGCAUUCCCAUUACCUCGCUUUUAGAAUCCGGCAAGAUCUACAAGUAUUCUUUUAAUCCGAAUACUGGUCUCCUCACUCCUGGUGCUGAAGAAUGCCUAACCACUAGUGAGAAUAGAUCGAAAUUCGGAAGUAAAAUGACUGAGAUAGACAUAGACGGAGAUGGAGUCGAUGAUUUCAUAAUUGCAGCAGUUCAUUCGAGUAAGAACGUGAGGUAA